CGUGGUGGGGGACGUGGAGGUUUCCAGCAACGCGAUUUUGGUCCUCCAGCUACAGUCGUCGAAAUGGGGACAUUCAUGCAUGCUGUAGAGGAUGAGAUGUUCUGCUCCUCUCUCAUAUCAGACAAGGUUCCCUACUUUAACGCUCCCAUUUACCUCCAAAACAAAUCUGUGAUCGGCAAGGUUGACGAGAUCCUUGGCCCUAUCAAUGAAGUUUAUUUCUCAGUCAAAAUGGGAGAAGGUAUGAUUGCAAGUAGCUUCAAGCAAGGAGAUAAAGUAUAUAUCGGAGGCGAUAAAUUGCUACCCAUCGAGCGAUUCCUCCCAAAACCAAAAGUUGCAGGU